AUGUGGUGGUGGCUGCUGGGUGUAUUGAGCUGUGCACUGCUGGCGGUGGUCGUCAUCUUCUUCCUGACCACCGGGCAACGCUACAAGGUGUUCAGUGAGAAGUGCCUAAGGCCACCAGGACCGUUGGUCAUCGACAGCAAACAGAGGGAAAAAAGGCUGAAGAGAGGAUUUCAUGUGGACCGUGUUCCCCCUGCUCUGGAUGCUGUGGUGAUUGGUAGCGGUGUGGGAGGUUUGACAGCAGCAGCGCUUUUGUCCAAAGCUGGGAAAAGAGUUGUAGUUCUGGAGCAACAUGAUCAGGCUGGAGGCUGUACACACACCUUCCAGAAUAAGGGAUUUGAGUUUGAUGUGGGGAUCCAUUACCUGGGCCAGCUUCAUGAGAACAGCCUGCUGAGGGUUGCCCUGGAUCAGAUCACAGAGGGACAGUUGCAGUUCACACAACUGGAGCAGCACUUUGAUACGCUGGUCUUGGGUCAGCCUGAACAGCGCAGGGAGUACCAUAUCCAUGCAGGGAAGACUGAGAUGGCAGAUAGCUUGAAGAAACAGUUCCCAGGGGAGGAGGAGGCCAUCGAUGAGUUCAUGAGAUUGAUGAAGCUAGCUUCGCAGAGGACUCCACUUAUCGCCACCUUGAAGAUCAUACCAUACUGGCUGGUUAACUUCCUGAUCCGGACUGGCCUAUUAUAUCGCAUAUCUUCAGUGUUCCGCCUAGCAGCAACCAAUCAUUCAGAAAUAAUGUCCCGCCUCACCCAGAACAAGGACCUGCAGGCACUAUCUGCCUACCUGUUCUAUGGUGUCCCUCCUAAAGAGUCCAGCUUUCUCAUCAAUGCUCUCCUUCUUCACCACUACAAGCGUGGUGCAUACUACCCACGGGGGGGCGCCAGUGAGUUUGCCUUUCACAUCAUCCCUGUCAUUCAGCAGGCAGGCGGUGCUGUGCUGGUCAGGGCCCCUGUACAACGCAUCCUGCUCAACCAGCAAGGGAAGACCUAUGGUGUGACAGUGCUUAAAGGACAAGAAGAGAUUGAGGUCCAUGCCCCUGUUGUCAUUUCCAACGCUGGAAUCUUCAACACCUUCCAGAAGUUUCUGCCUCAGCACAUACAGGACAAACCAGAGAUCCAGUCACUGUUGGGUAUGGUGCGCCAUGGUAUGGGUUCCUUCUUGGUCUUUGUUGGUCUGGAUGGAACCAAAGAGGAGCUUGACAUUGUUUCCACCAAUUUUUGGAUGUAUAAAGACAAUGACUUGGACUCAUUAAUGGAGAAAUACUCUUCUCUGAGCAGAGAGCAGGUAUUGGGGAACAUUCCCAUGAUGUUCAUUACCUUUCCAUCUGCCAAAGAUCCCACAGCCAACAUCAGACACCCAGGUAAGUCCUGUAUGACUUUGCUAACCAUGGCUCGCUAUGAGUGGUUUGAGGAAUGGGAGGGGACAAAGCUUGGCAAGAGGGGACAGGAGUACGUGGAUCUGAAAAACACCAUGGCCCAAGAGCUGCUGGACUGGGCCCUAACCAUCUUCCCUCAAUUGCGAGACAAGGUGGUCAUGGUGGACGCAGCUACCCCUUUAACUAAUGUCCACUAUUUGGGCGCUCCAAGAGGCGAGAUGUAUGGUGCUGAGCACAACUUGGAGCGCUUCAACCCAGAAACAGUUGCAAGGACACGAGCAGAGACACCGAUCAAUGGGCUCUACCUAACAGGUCAGGAUGUAUUCUGUAACGGCAUGGCUGGGGCUCUGCAUGGUGGACUGCUCUGCGCCUCGGCUGUCCUCAAUCAGAUCCUCUAUAUUGACCUUCUAGCACUGAAGACCCGCCUCAAAAAUAAAUAGGCCAAUCUUAGGACAUCAUAAUUUGUUCGCCAAACCCCUUCCCCAAAUAGCAAUUGUCCAGUCAUAGUUUAAUAAUUAUAACUAGACAUGACAAGCCUGUCAAGCUUUCUCCACAUGCCAAAGUGGUGUCCAUGAGGCCAAAAUCAAAAACACAAUAGCAGGUGUAAAGAGUAGAUUAAACAGUGUAAUAAUCUGUUCCGCAAACGUUCCACAGUGGUUAUUCCUCAUCCUCUUGCAAGAUUAAAGUGAAACUUACUGUGAAAAUACUAACAAUUAUGUGCUAAGCAGCUAAACAGGGUUUUGUUAGAACAAAAAACAGUCUGAUCUUACAUUAGAUACUUAAAUGUUUACAAUCUCUACUCUACAAUACAAGAACAAUGUUUUCUUCUUUAUUUCAAUGUCCUCUACAUGGAUCAUCAGCUGGUGAGAAUGUGCCUGGGGCAUGCAGCAUAGCCUCAGUCUUUUAGUGCAAAAUCAUGUAUGUAGUCAUUAAGUGCAUAUUUGGGAUGUCUUUUUACAAGUUUCUUGUUUUAUACUGAGUCAGCUGGAAACAUUAGCCAGUUAGAGACAGCCUUUUAAACCAACUCUUAGAGCUAACAUUACCUUCCAGUGACAGUUGAAGAAGCUGCUUUUAUCUACAUCUGUCUGAAAUCAAGGACCCAUUGUUUCAAAAAUUAAAAAGAACUUUGUGUGUUAAAUCUACCACCAUUAUUAUGUACUGUAUAUGUGCCAUGUGAGAACAGAACGCUUGACAGGCUUAGCAACAGUAACUAAGGGGUGGCCAACAGUCAAUUAUACCCUCAUCCAUGCUUCCAUGUUCCACACUUGCUUUUGGGUUCAAAAAGUCAUUGUUUGAGUAUAGCCUAGAGAAACGAAGACAGUUUAAGUCUUGUAAUGCAUGUCAUCCAUUUGCCAAUGAAAGAGUCAAGCCAGGUUCCACGUCUGCUUUCAUUUUGCAGCGUGUUUUUCUUGAGGAUUUUAAAACAUGGGUACAUAGUUUGGUUGAGAGCCAAAAUCAACCGUGGUUAGCUAUAUGACUUCACCAGACUAUAAAAUGGUGCUUCCACAGUAUCUGAAAUUGUUUAAAUAGUCCCAUGAAAACCAUAGGUUUGUUUACAUGGCUGCUAAUGCAGUGAUCAAAAAUAGGAACAAACAUAGAUGGUAAAAGUUAUGUGUGAACAUAAAUAAAGGU